CUAUCAAUCUUCUAUCAUCAUCUACAACAAAUUCUCUUCAUCUACGUUCGUCGACGUACCUGUAAUGCGGAAGCGCUGCUGCAACUCUUCAGGCGUCAACGGGAUGGCCUCGACAUCGGCUCUGGUUUCGCGUGCUCUUCUUCUGCUCACGGUCGCUCUGUUGCUGCUCGAGUGCGUUGUCUGGUGCGACCUGGUUGGAUUUGCUAAGCAUGAAAGGAAGGGCAACAAGAUCACAAAGCUGGUCACAGGCAAAGGGACUGAUUGCGAAGUUGACACGAAGCCUAACGGGGAUAUGAUCAUCAGGUACAAAAAGGGCCAUAAACAUGCGUUAGAAGGAUGCUCCAUUGAUCUGCUCACGAAUCCAGAAGGAAUCAAGCUGGAAUUCAACGUCACCGGGAAUCUGAUGGAAUGCUUGACGGACGCUGUGGCUGAUAAGAAUGGCGUUAAAGACGAGAGGGUCGGCGACGAGAAUUUGUUUCCGUUCACCUUCAGUCUGGGGGAAGAAGGGUUCAAAAAGUUGGUGCAAGAGGGGCUUCAAACAGGUGUCCCCUCUGGGUGUCAUACAAAAUGUGUGAACGAACGUUUCGGAAAAUGCCUGGUAUCGACCGAGUUCGAUGUUGCUUUUGGACGAAGGGGUGACAUGAUUCUCUACAACGUGCACAUCCUUGGUGAGCCGAGAAUCUGGUACUGCGCUUCUGGAACAAAUAAGGCCGAAAGCAUCGCGUCUAUCACAAUCAACUUCGAUCCAAAAACAUAUUCAGGAUGGCGGGUGUCGUCUCCUCACGGUUGCGGAGGGCAGAACGCAUUGGACUACGAUCAGCAUGAAAAAUACUGCCACACUGAAAAGGUUCUUCGCAAGGCUGAGCAAUGGGAGAUCACAGACGAAUCGCAUAAGAGCCGUACCUUCAAUCAUCUCUUCACGCUGAACAUUCUGCCACUGAAGAUUGUACCCAAGCAUACGUCACAUCGACAAAACAUCGAACAUGACAACAAGCUUGAUGGGUCCAAAGGUCCAAAGUGCGAGAUGUCCCUCAGACUGGUAAAAUUUAUUUAA